CGCCGCAUCCCGGCUCUGGGGCGGCGCUGACAGUCGGGUCCGCCGGGCAGCGGGCGCAGCAGCGGGCGGCGCGGCCGGCUGCUCGGAGGCUGAGCCCCGCCGCGCGCCCCGGCCCGGCGCCCCAGCCCGUCCGCGCGGCGCCCACCUGCCGCCCCGACGGGAGCCUUGCGGCCGCUGCCCGGGGCCGGGCGCCCACGGCACCAUGAGCCCCCGUUCGUGCCUGCGGUCCCUGCGACUCCUGGUCUUCGCCGUGUUCUCGGCCGCCGCGAGCAACUGGCUGUACCUGGCCAAGCUGUCCUCAGUGGGCAGCAUCUCUGAAGAGGAGACGUGUGAGAAGCUCAAAGGCCUGAUCCAGAGGCAGGUGCAGAUGUGCAAACGGAACCUCGAGGUGAUGGACUCCGUGCGCCGUGGGGCCCAGCUGGCCAUCGAGGAGUGCCAAUACCAGUUCCGGAAUCGGCGCUGGAACUGUUCCACACUGGACUCCCUGCCUGUCUUUGGGAAGGUGGUGACACAAGGGACCCGGGAGGCGGCCUUUGUGUAUGCCAUCUCUUCAGCAGGUGUGGCCUUUGCAGUGACAAGGGCAUGCAGCAGUGGAGAGCUGGAAAAGUGUGGCUGUGAUCGGACAGUGCACGGGGUCAGCCCACAGGGCUUCCAGUGGUCGGGAUGCUCGGACAACAUCGCCUAUGGUGUGGCCUUCUCACAGUCCUUUGUGGACGUCCGGGAGAGGAGCAAGGGGGCCUCCUCCAGCCGGGCUCUCAUGAACCUUCACAACAACGAGGCUGGCAGGAAGGCCAUCUUGUCACACAUGCGGGUGGAGUGCAAGUGUCACGGGGUAUCCGGCUCCUGUGAGGUGAAGACGUGCUGGCGAGCUGUGCCGCCCUUCCGCCAGGUCGGCCACGCCCUAAAGGAGAAGUUUGACGGCGCCACGGAGGUGGAGCCACGACGCGUAGGCUCCUCCCGGGCACUAGUACCACGAAAUGCACAGUUCAAGCCACACACGGAUGAGGACCUGGUAUACCUGGAGCCCAGUCCAGACUUCUGUGAGCAGGACAUACGCAGUGGCGUGCUGGGCACGAGGGGCCGCACGUGUAACAAGACGUCUAAGGCCAUUGACGGCUGUGAGCUGCUGUGCUGUGGCCGCGGCUUCCACACGGCACAAGUGGAGCUGGCUGAGCGCUGCGGCUGCAGGUUUCACUGGUGCUGCUUUGUCAAGUGCCGGCAGUGCCAGCGGCUCGUGGAGAUGCACACGUGCCGGUGACCGUGCCCGUCUGUACCCAGGACCACCUGCGUGGCCUAGGGAAGGCCAAGAACUUUAAACAGUCUCCCACCACCUACCCCAAAAGAUACUGGUUGUAUUUUUUGUUUUGGUUUGGUUUUUGGGUCCUCAAGUUAUUUAUUGCCAAAAAAUAGGCAGGCAACCCCAAGGGCACCAACAAGGGCCUCCCCAAGCCUGGGCCUUUGUGUGUGGCUGCCACUGACCAAAGGGACUUUGUUUAUGCCUCUGGCUCUCCACACUGACCAUGGCUGACUACUCAGCUCUUGUCAAGUGUCCAAUUUUCUACAUGUAGACUAAAAGGUAGGUACUAAGGAGUGGCUGUAGACCCCACCAUCCAGAGAAACAGAUGGUCCAGCGGCAGGGAUGGCAGGUUCCAUCUUGGUGGAGUUUAUUUAACCUUCAGCAAAGGAGCUUGCCCCUCUCCACCCCACAUAUACACAGGGGCUGCUAAUAACCCGGUCUCCUAAGGUUCCUAGAGAGGGAUGGACAGAUAGAUAUCAGGUUGAAGGCUAAGGGCUUGAGGCCCUCACGUGAGCAGCUAGGUUCCAGGCAAGCACAGGUAAGUAAAGACAAGAAUGCCUACGUGAGGCCAGCGCCUCAGUCUCCUCCUAGGCAGGGUCAGACCUUCCUUCAUCUUGGAUCAGGUCCUAGCUUGGGCCUGGCGAGUCACACACCCCGCCCCCUGUUGUGAGUCACCCUCACAGUUUUGUCCUCUGUGAAGCUGAGAAUGGAAAUGUCACACAGACAGGAAAGGCCUGUGCAAAGAGAUCCCACCCUCAACAAAACCUACUGGGCAAACACGAUGCGAUGCCCCUGGCCCUGUCCUGGGGACAAACAUAGAUGCCCGUGCCCUCUUUACAGCAGGUAGUGAUGCCUGCCAGCCCCACAAGGCCUUAGCAGAGGCAGAGUCGGGCUUCUCCUUGGGCCUGAGCAAUGGGCGAGGGGCUCUGGCUAUAAUAAAAGGCACAGGGAGGUAUGGUGGCAGGAGCCAGAGACCACAGGCUGGGCUGGAGGCCACAUGGCUGCAAAGGACUAAGAGGCUGAGCAAAGAGGGGGAACAGCUGGAGGGCUAAUUAGGUCUCAGAAUCCAAGGCACCUCCACCCCCAGGACCCUGGGUCUCCAAGGCCUUGAGUACAGUAAGGACAAAUUCCAAGGGACAGCUUCCGUACCUGGUGCACCAGCCAAACUGUCAAGAGCCUACCCAAUGCUCUGUGAACAGAACCAACUGCCUCUCAGUUGGAUGACCAAUCCUCAGAGGAACCUUCCAGCCUGAUCUCCAAGUUGCUCCCACGUCCAGGACUCCAGGUUUGAUGCUUCAGCUCUGGAAUCCCCUUUGGGACUCUGAAAUCCCAAGCUCUUUGCUACUGGGUGGUGCGAACGUGAACUCCAGGAUUCUGAAUACGGGCGCAGGCCUGCACGAACUCUCCUCUGGCCCUGUGGUUUGUGCCUUCUGGGGUUGGCUCUGUCAUGAAGAGACCUUGGCCCAUCUGAGCUCUCUGCUCUCUGUCCGUCUGAAGAGGCAGCCAAAACCAAGUGAGAUGCUGGAACCACAUUCAAAUGCGGGGAUAAUCUCGGGCAGGCUGCCUCUGAGGUAGAUGGGAGCUGUGCUGACCAAGGGUCCCCACAGCGGCCCAGCGGGGCCCACUGCUCCUCUGGUAGACUUAGUUCAGCACCAGGGAAGAUGUGACCCCCCUCCACAGAGCCAGGCCCAGCCUAAGGAAGCAUAGGGCCACCCCUUCAGAGAAUGCUGAGCCAAGGUCCCUAUCUCGGGGCAGUGGGGUUGAGACCCUGUACCAAGAAGGAGGGCACCUAGCUCCCCUAAGCUGAUCCUCCCGGAGUUCUGCGGGCUGUGACUAGGUGAAUCAGACCACAGGGGAUGGGAAGGAGAGAGGAGCGUCACUGGACUUGUCCAGCUCCAAACUGUCUCAGAUAUAAAGCGCUGGCCAAGGCCUGACAUAGCUCGCCAUAUUUGGGUCACACAGGAUGCAGGAAACUGGCCAGAAGUUUCCACAUCCUACCUGAACCACACUCUGCUGUUCUUGUCACAGGGCAAAAGUGGUACUCCUUCCUCCAAGGGCAGGGCUGGAUGCUGCUACUCUACUCUGUUGCCCCACCCCGUCCUCCAGUUUUUAUACAAGGCUCCUUGGCAUUGUGAGAUCCCCAUGGCAUAGUCUGAGAUGCACGAUAAAAUGGUUAUUUCUCUAGCUGGCAAUUUGUAGCUGUGACUUUU